AUGCCUGGCAACCAGAAAGCAGAUAACGGGCACUACGAAUACGAGGAAAAUUCCUACUUUACGGAAGGAAUUGAGAACAACGUAGUUGAAGAUUUUAAUACGGCCCCCGAAAAUGACUUUUCGGAGUACAUGUGGAUGGAGCACGAGGAGGAAUUCGAUAAGGAGGUCAUGCAAAGACUAGAAGAAGAGGCAUUAAUGGAAGAAUGUCUGCAGGCAUUCAUGAAUGAUGAAAAUAAUUUGGCGAAUACUCAGCUCCAAGAUGUGAACUCUGCUCAGUCCCAACAAAGUGUUCCGGCACCAGAGAGCAUCGCAAAUUCAAAGUUAAACCCAGAAGCAGCGGAAUUCGUACCCUCAAGUCGACGGGCUACCCAAGUUCCGACGUCAUCAUCUUAA